GAUGGUAAUGUCGAGUGAGAUCGCAAGAUCAGAGUGCUUGCGCAAUUUGUUGUGCAUUUCGAUAAAGUGAUCCGAGGUCGAAACGUAAAGAAUAAAGAUACACGCUACGCGAUAUUGUUCAGAUAAAAUUGCUUCAAUUGCUAUAAAGGACUAGUCAUUCGCAGUGACCGCUACAACAUGGAUGUGCCUAUGUUUUCUGAAAAAGUCGCUCUACAACUGAAAUUGUUUGCUCAACAAUGCAUAGAUGAGCCAUCGAUUUUACAUGAUCCAAAAUUGUCUUUUAUCAAGGAACUGAUUGAACAUUUUGGUGGCAAAGUACCAGAAGCUAAAGCCAAUGGUUCACAAUCAGACACAAAAAGUGAAUUUCAAAGCAAACCUGAAGAAGAACCACAGCCUAAAUCCGAACCUGAAAGCGAAGAGAGCGACUUGGAGCUCGAUAUGACUGGUGUAAUUGAACCAGAUGAAGAUUCUCCUCAGAAAAUGGGAAAUCUGACCUUACAACCCACAGAAGAGGAAAUCGCAGAAUCACAGGCAAAAAGAUCCGAAGCAGUCUCUGCAUUUGUGGAGAAAGAUUACGAAAAAGCUAUACAGCUUUACACGGAAGCUAUUGUACUGAAUCCACAGUCUGCCUUGCUAUACGCUAAACGCGGUCAAGUCUUUCUGCUGUUAAAUAAACCGAAUGCCUGUAUCCGUGAUUGCGAUCGUGCUCUAGAAUUAAACCCAGACAGUGCGGCAGCUCACAAAUUUAGAGGAAGAGCCCAUCAUCUGCUUGGCAAGUUCGAAGAGGCGGCAACCGAUCUGCGACUGGCUUGUAAGUUUGAUUUCGACGAGCAGGCGGAUGAAUGGCUGCGUGAGACUACACCAAAUGCACGAAAGAUAGAAGAGCACAAGAGGAAGAAGGAACGGAAGGCGCAGGAAAAAUUGGAGCGCGAGAGACAGGAAAGAUUGCAAAAAGUGCGAGAGGCCGCCAAAGCUCGCGAGGAAAAUACGCGAACCUCACAAACGGACGCGGGCAAUGAGUCUCCCGGCACGGGAGAUUUCCAACAAUUCCUCAAAGAUCCCGAUGUACUUCAAGCCUUUCAGGAUCCGGAAGUAGCCGAGGCCUUCAGGGACAUCUCCACGAAUCCGAUGAAUGUCCUGAAAUACCAGAACAAUCCCAAGAUAAUGGCGCUUAUCAAUAAAAUGGCCUCGAAAUUUGGCGGCGCCGCCAUGCCAGGCGGCGGAAUGAAUUUCCCGGGCGCUGGGAUGAAUUUCCCAGGCGGCAUGCCCGGUUUUCCCGGUGCCGGAGCAGGAUAUCCCAAUCCACCAAAACCAGCUCCUGAGGACGACGUUGGCCUCGACUAAUCGCGAUCGCAUCUUGAUCGAUUGACUCAUUAAAGGCUGAUUUACUCUUAGCUUUUUUUAACGUUGUUCGUUGAAUAUUACUUAAAAAAAAACUUCUCACGUAAUUGAAAAGAAUUUAAACGAUCGAUCGAAUUAAUUCCGUAAGAAUAAUUCCGUGCGUCGGCAACUCAAUUCUGCAUUUACUUCUUGCUGUUGUUUUUCUACGUAAUUUUCAGCCUGAUUUUAGACAAUCUGCAAUGUCUAAUUUAAACGUUUCGUUGUUCGCCAUUUGUUCUUCACUCUUGCAUAAUUUACUUGUAAUUAGAGUAAACAUUUCACAUCUUAGAAUUAACAUGGUUACUUUAGAAUUUACAUUGAUAAGAUAAAACGGCCGCCUUUAAUGGGUUAAAAAGCGCUAUUGUUUGUUUAUAUCUCUCGCUCUAUAUAUAAAAGGAUGUACAGGGUGGGGCAUUUUAAUCGCCCCAGGCGGAUAUCUCGGAAACUAAGAGAGAUAAAAGAAAGUUUUAUGUAAAAGUUGUAGGGUUUAAAAAGAUCUAUUUACUGAUCUUAUCAGUUUGACCUGACCUUGGCGACGCCAUCCAAGGUCGAACCGAUUAGAUCAGUAAAUAGAUUUUUUUAAAUCCUACAACUUUUACAUAAAACUUUUUUCUUAUCUCUCUUGGUUUUCGAAAUAUCCGCCUGGGGCGAUUAAAAUGUCCCACCCUGUAUAUAUAUAAAGCCUGAUAUAUACAAAUAGCAUGUAUCAGUGAUAUGUCUAUAUCUCCGAAGAAAGAACUUUUAUUGUGAAUCAAUAUAGUUUGUUAUACAUUACAGAGCGCUCUUCGUUUUCUAAGAAGACGAAUUUCGUGUGUGUGCGUUGUAUUUUAUUACCUAAUCCCCCCCAUUGAUCGUACUUUAUCAUUAUCAACGAUUUUUCUCAAACGGAUACAGUUUUCGAAAUAAUGCUGUAAGCAAUUAAAUAUAUUCGACUCGUAAAAUCGAUAUAAGAUAAGUAAGUAUUCUUUUUUCUUCAAUUAAUUACAUUUAAUCGCCGAUAUUUUGUUUUUAAUCAUUAUUUUGUGUCUUACAUGUCAGUGCCAUAAUUAACAAUCUGGAUAUUGUGUGUGUAGAUGCAUUAAUUUUGGAGAUAAAAUAAAUUACAUCGAAGAAGUGAUUUAAAAGGUUUAAAAUUGAUUAAAGUCGACAUUAAAUUUAUCGCUAUUAUAAACAAUAAUUAAUUCGCAAUUUAACGAGAGAGAGUCAGAUCGGCACUGUCUUGCUUGUUUUCGUUAAGUAAUUCGUCCACGAGAUACAAUAUAAUUCUACAUUGAUAAGAUAAAGCAUGGGACACGAACUGCUUCGUGCGCGAGAUAGAUUAUAAACUGCCACGUUGAGUACUUAUAAAGUAUUCAAAUAAUGCCACUUAACAUUCUACAAAAGAGUUCAACAGUAAAACCCCAUUUGUCAGAAUUACUUUUAAGCAAAAUCUCUAUGAAAUGAUAAUUGUCUGAAGAUCUCACGCAAUAUACAAUUAUUAUCGAAGAUGAAUUCUUCAUUUACACAGUCGCAAUUAAUCAAAACGAAUAUAGUCAUUUCGUUUGUGAGCAAGUAAUCUUAAGGAUGUAGCUUUUAAGAUUCCGGAGUUUAUAUCCGGCAUAUUAUUCAAUUAACGAACCGUUUACGUAUUCAUUAAAAUCGGUAAAAUUUACAUAAACGAACGAUCGAAGAAAUUAAUUAAUAUCAUGUAGAGAGUUAAUUUUUCUUUCUACACGAUAUUAGUGAUAUCUAUUAAUAGAUCGAAAUAAGACUAUUUCAAUUUAUGCGUAUCUAAUUCUGAUUAUAUACUAACAUGCUAUUCUGUUAUUUGAAAAAUAUAUAAAAAUUGAGGAAUAGAAAAAUGCGAUGAAAAAAAAAGAAAGGGAACACUUUUAAGGGAUUUAGCUUCUUAGACGAUCCGAUAAGCGGAGUUGUAUCUCCAGAUUAUUCCAAUAAACGGAGUUCCACUGAGAAUUCUGUUUCGUGUGUUAUCCUGUCAGAUCCAUAUAUAAAAUGUUUGCAAUAAAUAUGUACAAAAAUAUA